UAAAAACGUUCACAACAUCAGCCUUGUUAUUCUUCUCUUCGCUGCUACUAUGAUCUGGGCACGACCACAACGAUACGCUCACAUUGCCGUUAUAGAAAAUGAUGCCUACGAACAGACCUUGCCCAAUGCGCUGAGAAAUCCCUUCUAUAAAACGCCGCGUGUGCGUGAAGCGCUGGCUAAAUCUAGUUGGUUUGGACCGGGCGAAGAGCCGGUAUAUGACCGUCAAGCGGAGAAAAUACCACGCGCCGAGAUCUACAAUGUGCUCGCCCACGCUGGAUUCAUUACACGAAGAGGAAAAUUGAUUUGAAAUGCAGGAACGGAAAUUAGAAAAAAAUGUAGAACAAAAUAAAAUGGCAAAAAAUUUACAAAUGUAAUAAAUAAAACAAGUAGUGUACCGUUAUAUUAUUUUGGCAAAACAGAAAACAACAGAAAAUAUAAGAAAAUAA